AUGAAGUUCGCCUCCCUUCUUGUCGCCCUUGCCUCCAGUGUCUCUGCGUUUGCCCCUGCUUCCCAUCAAAAGGCUUCCCAAUCACUAUGCUCUUCCAUUAGUGAAAUGCCUGGAAGCACAAUGCCUUUCAAGACUUUUGAUCCUUUGGGUCUUGCCACUCUUGGUUCUGAUUCCACUCUCGCAUGGUUCCGGGCUGCCGAGCUCAAGCACUCCCGCGUUGCUAUGCUUGCCACCACUGGAUAUCUGGUCCAAGCCGUUGGAAUCCACUUCCCUGGCAUGCUCAGCCACGAUGUCUCCUUCGAAUCCUUGUCCGCGAUGAAGCCCUUGGAUGCAUGGGAUGCCGUUCCAGAUGCAGGAAAGCAACAAAUUUACGGAAUCAUUUUCCUAGCUGAAAUCAUCAGCGAAGCCAACGGUGUUCACUAUACAAAGGGAGGAGACCUUCCAACUAUAAUCUUCCCACCAAUCAACUUCGGGUCGGUGAAUGAAUCCACAAUGAAGGUUAAGAGAGACAGAGAAUUGAACAACGGACGCCUUGCCAUGAUCUCCAUCAUGUCUUUUGUUGCUGCCGCCAACAUCCCAGGAUCCGUUCCUGCCCUUACUGGAAACCCAAUGUUCUAA